AUGGUUCACUUCAGGACGGACAUUGGCGCGACCAAUGAGAAAGCGUCGCCAAACAACGAGAACUAUGCCAAAGAACUAGAGACCGAUGUUCUCAUCGUCGGUGCAGGCUUUGGUGGUGUCUACCUAAUGCACAAGCUGCGACAGUUAGGCUACAAGUGCAAGAUCUUCGAGGCUGGCACAGAACUGGGUGGUAUAUGGCAUUGGAAUUGUUAUCCCGGCGCAAGAGUCGACUCACAAGUUCCCAUCUACGAAUACUCGAUGCCGGAGAUCUGGAAGGACUGGUACUGGUCAUGCCGGUACCCCGGCACUGACGAACUUCGACAGUACUUCGCCCACGUCGAGAAGAAGUUGGACAUCAAGAAGGACUGUGCCUUCAACACUCGCGUUGUGGGUGCUGAUUUUGAUAAGCCAUCUGGCAAGUGGAACAUUAAGACCGAGGAUGGCCGUACCGCGAAGGCCAAGUACAUGUUACUAGCACUGGGCUUCGCUGCGAAGCGUCACUUCCCCGACUGGCCCGGUAUGGACGACUUCGAGGGCGAGAUCCACCACUCUUCGUUUUGGCCUGAUGCUGGUGUCGAUGUCAAGGGCAAACGCGUUGCUGUUAUCGGUACCGGUUCGACCGGCAUUCAGAUUGCUCAAGAGACAUCCAAGACGGCUGCUUCCGUGGCCAACUUCGUCCGAACUCCUAAUCUCUGCCUGCCAAUGGCGCAGCAGGAGCUUUCUCGCGAAGAGCAGGACAGGCGGAAAGAGACCGAGUACGAGCAAAUCUUCAAGAAUAGGCUCAACACAUUCGCAGGUUUCCAGUACGACUACAUCGAGAAAAACACCUUCGAUGACAGCCCCGAGGAACGCGAGGCAUUCUAUGAGAAGCUUUGGCAGAACGGUGGCUUCGAGUUCUGGCUCGCGAACUACAAGGAUCUCCUGUUCGAAAACAAAGCCAAUCGUGAAGCGUACAAUUUCUGGGCGAAGAAGACCCGUGCCAGGAUCUCAGAUCCCGUAAAGCGAGAGAUUCUCGCUCCAUUAGAACCACUUCACGCCUUUGGUACCAAGCGACCGUCGCUCGAGCAGAACUACUACGAGAUGCUCAACAGACCUGAGAAUCAAGUCAUCGAUUGCAAGAAGACUCCGAUCGAGAAGUUCACAAAGGAGGGAAUUGUAACGUCUGAUGGCAAGCUGCACAAGUUUGACGUCAUUGCCCUUGCGACCGGAUUCGACUCGGUGACUGGCGGCAUGAAGAACAUGGGUCUGCGAAACGUCGAUGGUGUCGAGCUUGCAGAUACCUGGAAGAGUGGAACAUACACAUACAUGGGCAUGGCUCUCUCUGGUUUCCCCAACAUGUUCUUCUUGUACGGCGCACAGGGCCCCACUGCUUUCUCGAAUGGUCCAACAUGUGUUGAAGUUCAGGGCGACUGGAUUGUCAACUGCAUGAAGAAGCUCCGAGACGAGAAGAUCGACUACUGCGAUGCCACUCGACAGGCCGAGGAGGACUGGCGCGAGAAGGUCACCGAGUUGUCAGACAAGACGCUGUUCCCACAGACAAAGAGCUGGUACAUGGGUGACAACGUUCCCGGGAAGAUUCGUGAACAGCUCAACUUUGCUGGAGGCUUCCCGCUGUACAAGGAGCUGACGCAGGCGUCGCUUGACAAGGGUCUCGAGGGGUUCGUAACCGCAUGA